AUUGCUCACAGAGGAUCCAGAACUACUUCUCACAACACUGGACGUCUACAGCACCAGCAUAUGGCUGAAGUCAAAGCUCCUACAAGCCGAACUACCAAGGACGAUGAGAAGACAACAUCAUCAGCUGCUACAGAUGUACGCAAAGAAUGUCCUACAUGCCACGUCUCUAUAAUGUCGAAUGCGGAUCCGAGCAAUUCGAGAUUCAAGCUGAAACCUGGCGAAUACAUGUUCGACUUUGAAGGAUCGACAACAUCUACGCAAUCGCUGUCGACUUACUUACACAUGUUUAGCGUUUCUAAUGUUUACAGAAUGUUUUUCAAUUAUACGCAAGUACUGCAGUUGGACACACAUCGCUGUUGCACAACUUAUAGCAUUUAUGGAAAUCAAAAUAGAUUCAAUGACAUUCCCUGUAUAGAAGAGACUAGAGUACACGUCAAACAUCCUACGGCAGACCAUGAUUACAUUCACGCCAACUGGGUUGAUGGCUAUAGAGAGCCGAAAAAAUUCAUUCUCACACAAGCACCUCUGGCGCACACGAUAGACCAGUUCUGGAACAUGAUAUGGCAGGAGAAGAGUGUGCUUCUUGUUUCAAUGAUACAAAUGUUCGAUGUCAACGGCGCAGAGUGGGGUAUAUGCUACAUUCCUCAGAAGACAGGAGAGGAACUCAAUACUGAAGGAAUAAAAAUAGUACACUGUGGGACACGUUGCGUUCGACGAACGUACGAUGCUACACUACUUAAAGUCGUUCGAGACGGGGUGGAAAGGAAGUUAUUACACAUAUGCUUCUUUUCAUGGGGACACAAAGGAACUCCGCGCAGACCAACAGAAUUACUUAACUUUGUGGCAGAUAUCAAUUUCAACAGAGAAUUGCUCGUAAAAGAAGCUAUUGCCGCUGGCUGGUUAAAAGAAAAUGAGACCAGUCCCUUAGUCGUGCACUGUCUUUCGGGAGCAGCUCGGAGCGCUACUUUGGUCGCCCUAGACAUUUGCAUGAAAAAGAUGGACGAUACCGCCAGCAAAUCUUGCGGAGCUCUAGUAGAUGUGGAAGAUGUGGUGCUGCGAAUUAGAACUCAGCGUGCUAUGGCUAUGCAGAUACCCGAACAAUACCUAUUCCUACACCUCGCCGUUUUCGAAUACGCUAUACGGCAACGAUACAUCGCGGAUGAAACCUAUACCGAUAUAGGAGUUGAAAAUUACUUCUAUGAAGCACGCGAGGCAAAAAGCGAAGAACCAGUGCAAAGCAGCAGGACCGCUAGAACUCCCAGGAAGCGUAGCAAGAGACUGGGCCCUAGCCACUGAAGCACGGAGAUGUAAGAAAAUGACUACAACAGAAAUCCAAACGCAUUUCAAACAAUUACUGGCGUGUUUAAUAAACGUCUUGGAAC